AUGGAGUUACAGUCAAGCCUUCCAACUUCGCCGGUCUCGCUCCUGUGCUCCCCAAUGCCCAUGAACCUUGGCACCCUGAAGAUAUUCACACCCAUCGUCGAGAACCUACAGCUCCCAGUCAGAUUCAACCUCAAAACCAGAAAUGUGGAAAUUAAAACAUGUAAAGACACACAGGACAUCGGCUCUCUCACGAGAGCUGCAGACUUCGUACGAGACUUCGUACGAGCCUUCGUUCUAGGAUUCCAGGUUGAGGAUGCCCUUGCUCUCAUCAGAUUGGAUGAACUUUUCCUGGAAACCUUUGAUGUCACAGACGUAAAACCACUGAAAGGAGACCAUUUGUCCAGAGCUAUUGGGAGGAUAGCAGGGAAAGGAGGCAAAACAAAAUUCACCAUUGAAAAUGUGACCAAGACCAGGAUUGUUCUGGCAGACUCAAAAGUACACAUAUUAGGAUCUCUCCAGAAUAUUAAGAUGGCACGGACAGCGAUAUGCAACCUCAUCUUAGGAAGUCCCCCUUCUAAGGUGUACGGUAACAUCAGGGUCGUGGCCAGCAGGACAGCAGAGGGAUUCUAAAGUCACACGUGGAUUUAUAUUCUCGUCUCCUGAUGAA